CUUUAAGGAAUACCUAGGAUAGGAUAAAGUAAUCCUUCUAACCCCCCCCCCCCCCCUUAAAAGAUUUAGAUGCACUAUUGUAAAGUGGUUGUUCCACUGGAUAUCAUAAGGUGAAUGCACCAAUUUGUAAGUCGCUCUGGAUAAGAGCGUCUGCUAAAUGACUUAAAUGUAAAUGUAAAUGAAAACAACAGCUGGAAAAUGAGUCAGAAGCACAGUAGCAUUUGGAUGCAUUUUAAUAAUGUAGACUAUGUUAGCCCACAUUGUAGAUUUUGCCAAAACAAAAUAUCAUAUAAAGACGGUUCUACGCAUAACCUACACCGGCAUAUGUGAACUGUGAGUUCAGCGACAGACACACCUGCGAGAACUUGGCAGAGGAACUGUUGAGAGUGGCCAGAGAAUGGCAAGUAGAUGGAAAAGUGGUAUGUUGUGUUAGCGACAAUGCAGCUAACAUAACCAAAGCCAUAACAUUUUUUAAAUGGAUCCAUCAUCCAUAUUUUGCCCAUACAAUCAACCUGACUGUAAGAGAUGCUCUGAAGGUGAUGAAGCCCACUGUGGACAAAGUGAAAGCAGCUGUGGAAUAUUUCCACAGGAGCACAGUAGGUCCUGAAAAACUACAGUCUACACAACUCCAGAUGGGGAUGCCUGAGCUGAGGCCUAAUCAAGACCGCACUACAAGGUGGAAUUCAACACUUUAUAUGUUGACGCGGUUUCUUGAGUCAAAGGAUGCCAUCAUCUCUACCCUGGCCAUUGUCAAUGCACCUGUUGAUGCUCUGACCCAAGAGGAAUGGGAGGUGGUGGAGGAGGUGUGCAGAGUCCUGGAACCCUUUGAGCAGGUCACUGUGGAGAUCAGUGGAGAGAGCUAUGUGACAACCUCAAAAAUGCUACUCCUGUGUAAGGGUCUGCAGCGAAUCAGAGCCAGCCGCCAGAGAGAAGCAAAUGUAGCCACAGGACACGUGACAGAGGGGUGACAGAAAAGAGGGACCAGUUUAAUGUUUUAAGUGGGAUGCUGCAGUUUUGCACAUUGUUAUUUAUUUUUCUUUGAUA